AACUUUUUCAAAACUCCACAACAGACUCUCGAGCGGACUCUGCUACGGUGAUUUUUUUUAGGAAAACUGCACAUAAACCUUUUCAGGAUUUCUUGCCAUUAUAUAAUCGAGAUUAUAACGGAUAUAUUUACGAUCAGUAUAAACUAGAAGAAAAUGUUAAGCGAAAUCGAGACAGCUGGGUCUUCGGACGCUUCUGCUACGGCAGAGGGGAACCCUGGCCCGAGCGACUUACUGGAAGUUACUUUCCAGAGGAACCCCAAUCAAAAUAAAAAAUUCCUAGAAGCAGAGCCCAAGAUUUUAGGGGCUACACAGAUAAUGCUGACCGUCCUCUUCUUAACUUCCAAAAUUGCUAAUUUUUCACACUGGAUUGGAACAAGUGUCGAAAUAGGUUGCUCCUGUGUCGGCAUAAUAGCUGGUAGUCUGGCAAUAGCUGCACAGAAUCUUCACUUUCCAACAAUCAAGGCUUGUUUGGGAAUGCAGAUAGUCACGUGUCUGAUAUAUGGAUUAAUUCUCAUCAUCUCAUUUGAUUAUCAUAUGAACGAUGCAGAAUCAGCCUGCUUUUACAAUGAGUCGCGCUAUGAACUACCAUUAUGUAAAUCUUUACUGGCUGGAUUUAGUCAAAUGGUUUCAAUAGGUAAUCUCAUGGAAGCGGUUCAGAUUGCCCUCUCUAUUACACUAGCUGCAUAUUGCUGCAAGGUUAUUCAGUGCUGCUCGCCCAGGUCUCAUGUGCCUGUCAUCGUUAUGAAGCCACCCAGAGCUUGAGAUAGAAAGGAAGAAUAUAUCUACAAAGAGUCUUUAUCACAUUAAUCACAUUAUGAUCUUAUUUCCCUAACAAUAGUAAUGAACUGAUCAUAUUUGUAUUACAGUAUUACACCUAUAGAUAGAUAUACUAAUAGCAUAUUUAACACAUUUUAAGACUAAUCUAAAAUAGCAUGUUAAAGUUUGUCUUGAUGUGCAGAGCAUUUUUGAAAUGUCAACAGAAUUGCACAAUAUGAUUUAAUAUCUAAAGCUGUUUUAGAGAACUAUUAAAUCUUUUAAUAGAUUAUACUAUAAUUCACUGUGAAUACUCAAAUAAGAUGGUUUUAAACGUAUAAUUUUUUAAACCUUUUUAUGUAGAUUAGAAUGGAUUGUUUAUGUAUUAUUGUUUAUGUAGGUUUUACCAUAUCAUGUUCCUUGCCAAUCUGAAGGCAAAAUUCCUGCAGCAUAUGAACCCUGUAUCAUGACAAAUGAAAGUGAAAUGCAUUACAUUUGGGAAAAAAAUCACAACUUCUGAUA